AUGUGUACUCGAAGAUUAUACGGUUGGAUGCGCAAUCAGGACUGUGAAGUAUGGUCGAUUGCAAUGGCCUAUCACACCCACCAAGAAAUCACUUUCCUCCAGGCCUUCUCCUGCGCAAUGAAAUAUGUUCCACUCUGCUUUGGAAUCAAGUCUCUUAUCAUGACCAUUGACGAUAUUCUGGACGCCGACGUCGACAAACUGGUUGAACGCACUAAAUUACGUCCAGUCCCUAGGGGUGCCAUCACAAUGGGUCGCGCCUGGCUUUUCUUCUUCAUUCAGGCUGUUAUUGGUUUAGGCCUAUCGAGGUGGAUGAACUUUGCUCCAAUUCCUCUGGGCCUUAUGUUCAACGUCGGCACUUUCAUGGGAUGGGCGGACCUCACCCAUGAGUCGACCCUGCCAUGGAACGUGCUUGUCCCCAUCUACGUCGGUACCUGCCUGUGGACGAUCACAUACGAAACUGUUUACCAGCAUCAAGAUAAGAUCGAUGACGUGAAGAUCGGUCUACAUUCUCCCGCUCUUUUGCUCGGUAGUUCCACGAUUCCUGUCUGCGCGACAACGGGCGUCGGGUUCUUUGCACUGCUCGCGUACGCGGGAGCACUGAACGGGCAUGGGUGGUGCUAUUAUUCCGCGGUUGUAUUUGCUUGUAUUCUUUUGAUGUUGCGUCUUUCCAAGACGGACAUCGACAAACCAGAGGACUGCAAGAGUUUCUUCCUCCAGACGGUCCCAGUGGGCCAGAUUAUUCUCUCGGGCAUAGUGGGGGAUGUUAUUCUCAAUCGUCUAGUCAACAAUAUAGCUCUGUAG